UGAUUUAAUAACACAGGGUUCCUCGUCUAACAUGCAUCGCAGUGCCACCUUUGAAGAAACUGUGUUAAGAAGUCUGAAUGAGUUGAAGAACGCACAAAAGAAACAGGAAGAGCGACAAGUCUUAUUUGAGGCUAAAAUGAUUGUAAAACAUGACAAUCUUGUUAAUGAUUUGUUCCAAACACAAGGUCGUAAUCCAAAUCUGGGACAAAAGAAAGAUCUGGAACCUGUCCGGCCUGAGGUACAUCCCGUAAACCCAGUCCCUCUUGUUGAAGAUGACUUUGAAGAUUUGGAUGAGAAUUUUCCAGUUCGGCGUCUGCGGGGAGUUGAAAAAUUAGAGUGGAAUUUAAGAACGAACCUGGACCUUAAACUACGAUUGAAAUCUCGAGCUGAUGAAUUUAUCACUAAAAAGCCGAAAAAGACCAUUCGCCUGAUAAUGAAAUAUCUGUUUCUGGACAGUGUGCUCGAGCACUACUGCUGGAAUGGGACGUCAGAAAAACAGGCCUUCAAAAAACUAACAUCAAUCAACAAUUUCAUUUUCGGAGUCAUCGCUGCUCACUUCAAAAAAUACAAAAGGGAUCAAUACCAAAGUUAUAUGGCUGACUGGCUAAAACACGCGAAAAGUCGUCAGCGGACUGUAACAUACACAUAUCCACAACGUAGAGGUGAAACCCGCAACGCCAACGAUGAUGACGACGACAAUGAUGAUGAUGACCAGACCGAUGAUAAUAGUGACGAGCAAGAUUGGUAGACAAGA